AUGGCUACACCCGCCCCUGUGAUCCGCACGGAGUCCAAUGGCCACUUUGUAAGUGGAAUUGCGAUCGGGUUCGUCGUCGCCUCGGCGAUUGUCAUGUUGCUCCGUCUCUACACAAGACUUGUGCUUCUGAAGAUAGCUGGAAACGAUGACUGGACUAUUCUUCUGGCAAUGCUCUUUUCCAUCGUGGUCACAAUAGCAACAUGUCUAGAGGUAAAAUAUGGCAUGGGAAGGCAUGUUGAGAAUGUCUCUAUAGAGGAGACUCUGCAGCAAUUAAAGUUCCUGCUUGUUGCCGUUCUUCAUUACAAUGUUGGUAUGAACGUCGUCAAAGUGUCAUUCCUGUUCCAGUACCGGCGUGUGUUUGUAUCAAAGGGAGUCCAGAGAAUUUGUUUCGGGGCGAUGCUUUUCGUCAUUGUUUGGGCUUGUGUGCAAGCCACGCUCCUUGGCCUCUCUUGCCUACCGAUAUCCAUCAUCGUGCCAAGCACAGCCGGCUUCUGUCUCAACACUCUACCUAUCUGGUAUUUCUCGUCGGGGAUGAGCAUGGCAACCGAUAUCAUGAUUUUCUGCAUCCCGUUACCGUCUGUCUUGAAGCUGAAACUGCCCACCCGACAAAAGGCUAUGCUAUUCGGCGUCUUUUCUCUUGGCUUUUUUGUUUGUAUCAUCUCCAUCUACCGCAUGUUCACUCUCCGCACCGCAGUCUACAGCGAAGACCCUCCGUGGGAGAACAUUGGCGCAGCGAUCUGGUCCGCCAUCGAACUCAACACCUCCAUCAUCUGUGCCUCUCUACCUACCCUUCGGCCAUUGCUCGCUAAGUGGCUGCCAGGCGCCGGGCUAUCUUCCGGACACAAAGGAACCAGCGCGUACCCACGUUAUGCCACUUCCUCUGGUCUGGGCCGCAGCAACUUUCAAGAGCUCAAGAGCAACAACCAGCGGGAAGUCAGCACAGAAGAACUUGUUCUUAAAGACAUGGUGGCAAGCAAGCCGGGGGAGUUGCCAUCGGUUUACUCGCACGUUACAGCUGAGCCCAAGAGACACAGCGACGAGGAUUUGAAAGGGGGAUUCAACAACCACAUUAUGGUAACGAGAGAGAUGACAGUCAGGAGAGGCUAA